AUGCCCAUUCUUCCGUCUUCAGUCUCUGAAAGACCCCGAAAACCUACCUUCUCUACCCACCAAAGCUCUCUCGUGAAUCUGCUUAGUCUUGAUACAAAAUCGCUUGACUACGGAAGAAGACCGGUUUCUGAACCGAGGCUGAUUUCUCGGAUCCUUGAUGUUCCGGAUUUGAAGGUGGCCACCGUAGAGAAUGAGCCCCAGGAGCUUCACGAGAUCCACUAUCUCAUUACAGCUGGUGAUAUGAACAACUACUACACCAGCCUUCUUUCCUGGUGCCCUCUUUCACAAAAGCUUGCUUUAGCAGUGAAUGAAGAUGCUUUUUGGUGGGAUGGCGAAAUGGGAUUGGAGGGAUUUUGGUAUAAUCCUCGUUUUUCGGGUAUAACCUGCUUGAAGUGUGGUGGAGGCUUUGUCUUGGUAGCUAUGGACUGGGACAGAGUGACGAUUAUGGAUGUCUUGGGUUGCUGCAAAGGAGAGUUCUAUAUUGAUGCCGGAGUGACUUGUGCCGAGUGGAAUAAUGGCUACUUCUAUUUCGGCGAUGGAAACGGAGUCAUCUACAGUGCUCAGGUAAAAGACGAGGUCAAGGUUAAACCCUUGUGUCAAGAAUUUCGUCAACUGGUGACAGGAAUCACCAUCAGCAAGGAUGGUCAAUAUCUUGCAGCUGGAGGAAACGAGAAUAAAGUCAUAGUAUGGACAGUCAGUGGAGUCCGUCUUGAGAUGUUAACAGAGCUUCGUCACUUGGCCGCAAUUAAAGCUCUAGAUUUCUGUCCGUGGCUGUCGCCUCCAACUCUUUUAGCUACUGGUGCUGGUUCCAAUGAUAGACAGAUCAGGGUUUGGCACUUUACUCUGGGUACACUUGUGAAAGCUCUACCAACUCCUGGACAGAUUACUUCAGUGACGUGGCUGAGAACACGAAGAGAAUUGGUUGUAACCUUUGGUCAUUCUUUUUCUCCCUCCACAGGUGUUGUUUCCAUAUACAGCUAUCCGGAUUUCGACCUUGUUGCCCGGGCACCUGACAAGGGUCUCCGUGCUUUCAAUGCAUCUGUUUCUCCGGAUCAGCAAAGAAUAGCUGUUGCUACACAAGACGGCAUGGUUCGUAUGUACCAGUUGUGGAAGGAUGAGGCAAGGGAUGAAGAGGGUACUCUGAGAGUGCUGAGGUCUGCAGAGCUGUUACAAAUGGGUCCAAUCCAGAAUUCCAGGGACUUCGACAGCAGCAUUAUUCUGCUAGUGGAGAACAUGAACACAGGGUUAGUCUUGCGGUAG